AUGCCGCCAUACUUGAAGAUAUAUGACGGCACGACGGAUCCCGAAGAUCACAUCAUUCACUACGUCACAACAGUAAAUGGAAACGACCUCUCAAAGGAGCAAGUACCGUCAGUGCUACUAAAAAAGUUUGGCGAGACCUUAACCGGAGGAGCCUUAACUUGGUACUCACAAUUACCAGCACGAUCUAUAACAACAUUCGAGGAAAUGGCCGACAAGUUCGUCAUCGCCCACGCCGGAGCUAAGAAAGCGAAAGCCAGAGUAAAUGAUAUAUUCGCCGUUAGGCAAUUGCCUGGCGAGGGACUCAGGGACUUUUUAGCCUGGUUUAACAGGGUAAGAAUGAGCUUACCAAAUGUAUCGGAAGGAAUGGGUGUAGCAGCUUUCCAGAACGGGUUGAACAGGAAUGGAUCAAGAGCGAGAAGAAAACUAUUAAGCAGACUCAUGAAAUACCCUCCCACCACUCGGGAGGAAAUUUACAACGCCUACUGCGCCGAGGUGAGAGCGGAGGAAGACGGCCUUAACAGCCCAAUACGACGUGUAACAUCGGUUCAAAUAGAGACGAGGAAAGAUCGUCGCAGUGAUGGUCGAAGAGAUCAGUCAGGACCUCGCCUCAACCGAGAUAGGCAGCAACCUUAUGUCAGAACAACCGUCCCACCAUCUCCUCGCCAAGCGGAAGGACCGUCCAGGCCACAUACAGGGACUCAGUCAAACGAAAGAGAUAGUGUACGCACUAGAAAAGCUUGGCCCGAAGGUGAAGUGGCCGCAGAAGAUGAAAUCCGACCCGAGUACCGAAAGUCGAACAUCCUCUGUGAAUUCCAUCAGGAGCGAGGUCACAAAACUGAGGAUUGCAUAACCCUACGGCAAGAGGUAGUAAACAUGCUCCACCAAGGGCACCCGAAGGAGUUGAUGAGUGAUCGAGGAAGAGCCAAUUUUGGCUACGGAAGAGAACAACACCAAGGACAACACAAGUUGAACGUCGAUCCCUUCCACCUCCAGUACGACAAGUAA